GGUGUGAUGCUGAGCAGAAGCACCAAAUGUACUUACAUGAGAAUCAGUGCAGGACCGUGCCAUGGGACGUCAGUACACCAACGACGAGACGCUGAAUGGGUGCGCUUGAGUUAACAAACAGUUCCCCACAAUUCCGCGUGUGUUCACACUUAAAGGAGGAGCACAUACUUGGGCCACUUAACUUUCAAGAAGGUCUUUUUAAAGUCUGUCUUUGUAAAGUGGACAUGAAUACUACAUUUAAUCAAACGGACGGCGGGAUCUUCUCCAACCAGACUGAUGAGAUCCUCUUGUGCUGUAACCUCUCAUCCGUGGUGACGGACAACGGCUUCGCGGCGAGCGCUCCGGACGAGAGGAGUCUCUUCAUCAUGAGAAUAGUUCAGAUCGCGGUGAUGUGCGUACUCUCCCUCACUGUAGUAUUCGGGAUCUUUUUCCUCGGCUGCAACUUGCUCAUCAAGUCGGAGGGAAUGAUCAACUUUUUGGUGACGGAACGGAGACCCUCCAAAGAAGUGGAAGCGGUCAUCGUGGGCGCGUACUGAGAUGAUGGGGUCUCAUCGCUGCCACGGGGUGAGCAAACGGGAUCUUUGAGCACCUGAUGCGCGCAUUUCAGAUGAGCUUUUCACAGGACACAGUGUUAACUGUCUGGAUCUCUGGAGAUGAACUGAACACGGUGUUUCCAGCUUCUUUGCAAGCCUUUCCACUGUUUCAUAUCAUGUAACAGCCUUCAUUUAUAGAAGGAUGAAUAAAAAUAAAAUCCUACAUGACCAUGCAGGCAUAAAGUCUUACAUUUGCCAUUAAAACUUUCUUUGCACGCGCAGGGGACGGAGAUGUUUCCCGUAUUAGAUGUAAAUGUUAUGGAUCAGUUAUGCAAAGUGCGAGCUGGCACUGCGCAGACUAAUGAAUUGUUGUUUAGCAAGUAAGAUAUCAUGUUUAUUACAAUAAAUUAUAUU